ACACGAACAGACCGAGUCUUGCAACCGUUCGGUGCGGUGGUGUAUUUUGUGUUGUCUUCGUGUGCUCAAUCUUUGUUCUGAGUUUACGUUCCCUUCGAUCAAAUUCAUACUUACUUAACUUUAUAUGUGUUUGAUUCAUCGUGCCGUAAAUUUAUCGAUGAAUAAAUUGCAAAUCGUAAUCAUUGUAGUAAACAUUUAAUUAUUUUUUUGCAAUUCUACUUUGUCACUGUGCAAUACAGGAACAACAACAAAAAAUAUGUACGUAAACAUUGAUUGUGAAGUUCGAUCAACUGUUUCAAGUUUUUUUUUUCGAAUAAGACAAAAAAGUGUUACUUCUAUAUUCUCAACAGAUAACAAUGUGUUGUGCAAACGAUCGUUCAUUUUUCUAUUUAUUCACAUAAUGUUUGCAUAAGUUUUUUUUUAUUUAUAAAUACGUGUUGAAUCGGUUGUACUAUGUCGCUUGAAAGAGAUUUACUUUUUCGCUUGAAACUCAACUUGUUGGAAAAAAAAUUUACAUAUUCAACGAAAAAACAAAUCUUGUAAUUUGAAUAUUUAAAAGUUUGUUCGAUUGGUUUAUCGUUACCUCUCCUACUCUUCCUCCGGAUUAGGUUCAAGUUCGAUUGCGAUGAUUUAAACAAACGGUGCAAAUAAAAUAAUAUCGGCUUUCGAUGAUUUUCUUGCAAUUCUCAUUCUUAUUCCAGUUUGAGAGAAAAACAAACAUUCACGUUCAGUGAAGCAAAAAGAGUACCAUACAUUCGACCACCAAGAAACUUGAUUCGCACAUACUUACGUAAGCAUUGUGGCCCAAUGGCCAAAGAGUCUUCUCCAUUGUUACGGAGAAGCAACCGAAAAAUAACAAAUUCUUCAGAAAAAGCGUAUCAUCUCUCAGCAUGCUUCAGCCAUAUACAUAUAUGUGGAUAUAUAUUUGCCAAAAGGGCGUCACGAGCCAAAGCUGAAAUAUGGAUAAAAUAAAUAUACACUAUCGACUCUCAUUUGUCUGCGUAGUGUGUAUAGUAAUCAAACGAAGAAUUACAUUUAUUUGAAAUGAGAUAAUACGAAAUUGGCUGAAGCUCGACUGUGUAUUACAUAAAAAAAGUUGAUUCAACCGCUCAUGCAGCAUCGAUUGGUGUUCGAAGAAACGCAGCUAAAGUGGAAAUGGAUAUAAAUGACAACAGUCACAACGGCUAACGCAUAAAAUAUUGUGAAUGGUGGUGGUCAUCCGUGGUGUCAGUGAAUUCUCUAUAGAGAAUUAUUAUACAGUUGUGCCCGUAAUGUAAACUGAUGCUUAUCAAGUAAACGUGUAUUCUGAAAUCGAUUACUCAUGCACUAUACAUGUAUAUACAAAGUUUGUUCCAAUCAAAAGACAAAUACGUGUUAAUUCAAUGUGUGUUACUCCUAAUAUAAUCAUAUUCGUACGAAGAAAAAUAAAAUGAAUUUUCAAUUUCGGUUCGCAAUAAAAUCGAUUGACUAGUUUACCACAUAAAAUCGUUGUGCAAUAUUUUUUCCAAAUGGUAUUCAAUGGAUUAAAUCUAUGAUAAUGUUGAUCAAACGAGAUUCAAACAAAUCAAUUGAACUAAAUUUAUAUGUGACAUAAAACGAAAUAUUUUCUGGGAUUACAUAUAUACAUGAAACGGCAGCAACGAACCACUUAUAUGUAUAUAUAACACACCAAAUCACCGAGAACGAACGAACGAACGAUCGAACGAAACAAUUAUUCUGAAUUGCAAAAUACGCGAAGAAAUGAAUAUGCAGGCCAAGCAACGAAUUCACAAUCAACCGGAUCGAAUGCAUGUUAUGUAUGCAAGCAUGAAAUCCACACGAAAUAAAUCGGUAAUGUCGUCGCAGCGAAAGCGUCACGCUUGUUUUUGUCACGUAUUCCCAGUCGGCCAUAGCACAUUUAAGUCACUGUUGCUCUUUGGAUUUUUGCUCAUUGCAUUCAACUACUGUGUCAAUGACACUGUGGCAUUCAAUUUGGAAAAUCGCCUACCAAUUGUUAAGUAUGGCGACGCCGAUACAUAUUUUGGAUACUCGGUUGCCGGUCAUGAGAUUGGCGAUGAUGAAGACGAUCUUCCUACUGUGAAAUGGAUACUAGUUGGAGCUCCACUUGGAAAAAAUCUACAACCAAAGACGAAUCGAUCGGGCGCACUGUUCAAAUGUCCAAUUACACAAAACCCAAAUGAUUGCUCACAAGUUAUUACGGACGGUCGACGAUUAUCUGGCGGAGCUUAUGAACCCAGGCAGGCUAAGAACAAUAGCGAUGAUGAAGAACUAAGCCCGCCACUUUUUAAUCAGGAAAUUAAAGAUGGCCAAUGGAUGGGUGUUACAGUACGUUCACAAGGACUUUCGGGAAAGGUAUUGGUGUGCGCGCAUCGCUACAUUGCUAAAACAGGCGAAUCACAACAUGGUCAAGGACUCUGCUAUGUACUUACAAAUGAUCUCAAAUUUGACGAUUCCUAUGAGCCAUGUAAGGGACGAAACACUGAACGGGAGCACGAAGAAUAUGGUUAUUGUCAAGUUGGAACUUCGGGAGCCUUAUUAGACGAUGGAACUAUGAUUUUAGGAACUCCUGGUCCAUAUACAUGGAGAGGCACAAUGUUUGUCAUUUCAGUGGGUGGGGAAUACUUGAAGAGGGACAAAAAUCACUAUUACUCUCCACAUCUCGAUCAAACUUCGCCGGUCGACAAAUAUAGCUAUUUGGGAAUGGCUGUAACCGGAGGCCAAUAUUAUGGAGAUUACCUUUCAUAUGCGGCUGGCGCUCCGCGAUCAAACGACAAUGGUCAAGUCGUUAUUUUCUCCAAAUCGUAUCCAUUGUCAAAUAAUAUCGACGUCAUAAUGAAGGUCUCUCAAAUAUUUGACGGAGAACAAUUUGGAUCAAGUUUCGGCUACGAAAUUAUCACAGCCGACAUAAAUGGUGAUGACUUGGAUGAUCUUAUAGUGGCUGCGCCAUUUUAUUUCAGUAAAAUUGACGGUGGUGCUGUUUAUGUGUAUCAAAAUGAAAAUCAUCGUUUGCCCUCGAAUUAUACGACAAAAUUGACCGGCAAAUUGGAGUCUCAGUUUGGACUGGCAAUGACAAACAUUGGUGAUAUCAAUCAAGAUGGUUGCGAUGAUAUUGCAAUUGGAGCCCCGUAUGAGGGAAGUGGCGUUGUUUACAUUUAUUUGGGAUCAAAAGAUGGACUUACAACCAAGCCUUCUCAAGUCAUUUCACCAUCAGUGCUUGGUUUAACGUCAAUCAAAACAUUCGGCAGUUCGUUAUCAGGAAAAAUAGAUUUCGACGACAACACUUACCCAGAUCUUUUAAUCGGAGCAUACCAAUCAGCUGCAGCGGUUAUACUUCUUUCGCGUCCCAUUACCAAUAUUAGAACUUAUGUUGAUGAAUCCGAAAUUAAAAAUAUUGAUCCGACUAAACAAGGUUGUGCUAGAGAUCAAUCCACCAAUUUGACGUGUUUUACCAUUGAAGCAUGUUGCUCAAUUUCUCCGUACAGAUCCAGCGGUAAAACUCUUCGACUCCUCUACACAAUCGAAGCCGAAACGUUUAACAACAAGAAGAAAUUUUCGAGAGUAUUCUUUGCGCCGGAUAUGAAAAGCCGAAGCAAUAUUGUUAAACGUAUCAUUGAUGUUCAAAUCAACAAUCAAGAACAUUGUCAAACAGAAACGAUUUACAUCAAGGAAAACACACGAGAUAUUCAAAGCCCGAUUCAUUUUCGAUUAAACUACACAAUUGUUGAAUCAACUCCGAGCACACUAAAAGUAUUGAAUCCUAUUUUGGAUCAAACUCAAGCGGAUCGAUCAUUUCAAGCAAGUUUCCAAAAAGAUUGCGGUAGCGAUGAUUUGUGCCAGUCUCAGUUGGAAGUGUAUGCCGAAUUGGAAUUGGACAAAGAAGAUGGCGAAUAUAACUUGAUUUUGGGAAAAUCUGAUGAGCUUCAUUUGAAUGUAACUGUAACGAAUGAGCAGGAGUCUGCCUACGAAGCACAAUUGUUCAUUGAACAUCAAAAAAGUGUUACUUAUAUAGCAGCGAGCAAAGGUCAAGUCAUUUGCAAUCGAUUCAAUGAAACCAUUGUGGCAUGCACAUUGGGCAAUCCCUUCCGACGAAAUGCCCUAACAAAUGUGAUACUCCGUUUUGAUCCCAGUGCGCUUGAUGAUUCAGAGCCUCGGCUAUCGUUCAAAGUCUUUGCCAAUUCAACAUCAAAACAACAAAUUUCACGUGAAAACACAGUUUUGCUUGUGAAUGUGGUGAAGAAAGCUGAGCUCAGUAUUCAAGGUUGGCAGCUACCUGAGCAAUCAUUCUAUGGUGGUGAUGUUCGUGGUGAAAGUGCAAUGGAUUAUGUUGAAGACAUUGGAACAGCAGUUCAACACACCUAUCAAAUAUACAAUGAUGGCCCGUGGCGUGUGCCGUACCUGAAUGUUAAAAUCAAGUGGCCGCAUCAAGUGGCCAACGAUAAAGAUAAAGGCAAAUGGUUGCUGUAUCUCGUAGACAAAAUUGUAAUCGAAGGCGUUACUGGCGAAUGUUCAGCCGACGGAAUAAAUCCAUUGAAUCUACCGAAACGUCCAAAUCUAUUGGAUCUUGCUGGCGAGCCAGCCGAAUUGAUGGAUUACAGAAGUUACAUCGCAAAAAUGAAUAAAUCACAAGCAGUAUUUGCGAUGAGUUCUGAGAAACGAGCCCAAAAAAGCAAACAAUCAAGUAACACUAUUCUGAAUCGUGUACGACGCGACCAUGCAGUUAUCAUAAGGGCUGAGCGCUUAGUGGACAAAGACGGGAAGAAACAAAAUAUUGUUACUAUGGAUUGUGAAAAGUAUUCUGCUAAAUGCAUCACACUUAAAUGUGCCUUAUAUAAUAUGCCCAGCAAGUCUGAAGCCUAUGUCCAUGUUAAGGCAAGACUUUGGAAUUCAACGCUGGUGAACGAUUAUCCUCGCGUUGAUCUUGUUAAAAUCGUCUCUUCAGCACAUAUUUCGAUCCCCGAAAUCUACAAUAUCAAACAGAAAAACAAAGAUGACAGAACAUUGGUGUCAACCUACGCAUAUCCUGACUUACAUGAACAACCAGGCGAUGGAUCCAUCCCAAUCUGGAUCAUAAUUGUAUCAAUAGUAGGUGGAUUAUUACUCCUAGCACUAUUUACCUAUUGCUUGUGGCGACUUGGCUUCUUUAAACGACGAAGGCCCGAUCCAACACUCAGCGGAAACUUGGAGAAGAAUAGCGAAAGCAAAUUGCUUUUAAAUCGAAACCGAUGAACAAUUCAACGAAUAUAAGAACAUCCGAUUUAGACAUUUAAUUCGUGCGUUCAACGUCAGUAGCUUUACUUACGUCAUAAUUCAAAGAAAACAAUGGAGGGAAUUAUAUUUGUGAUAUAUGUGAAUUUAGAAAAUGAAAACACUUAGCUGUACUUUCUAUUGCAAAUCUUCUAGUUUCCGUAUUCUGUAUAGUUGUAAUAGUUCAAUGGAAUCGAUUCAUUUUAUACACUUAAUAGAUUUGUAUUACAA